AUGCCCCGCUCACCUUCGCCGACGGGCUCAUCCUCGUCCGCUUCGAAACGACGACGAUACGACGACGACUCGCACUACUCUGCCUCCUCGAGACGCGCGUCCGGCGUUUCCUCCCGCGAUCUAGUUGAGCGUCGUCAUGACCGAGACCGCGAUCGCGACCGGGAUCGGGAAAGGGAUCGUCGAGGUAGUGAUCGCGACAGAGACCGCGACUCCGAGUCCAGACGGACCAGCGGAGGAGCGCAUCGUGAUGAGGAUCGACGUCGGGAUCAUCGGGACAGGGACAGGGACAGGGCUAGGAACCCUGCAUCCUCGUCCUCGUCCUCGAGGUAUGACCGAAGGGAGGCACCCACCUCGUCGUCACGGUACAACGACGACCAUCGAUCACCCCGUCACGACUACGAUAGUCCCCGAGACCGCGACCGGGACACGGAUAGGGACAGAGCUGGAAGAUACGGCAGCAUCAGCUCCAGUUCGCACCCACAUGAUGCACCUCCCUCCUCAAGAAGACCCGACGAUCGCUCUCCUCCAAGACCGUCCCAGGCCUCGCCAAGGAGUCGCGCCUUUUCCCCGACGACCGAACCCCGCAGCUCGACCCCGAUCUCGACCUCGAACGGCCGAUCAGGCGCAGCCAGUCCCGCCGCAACCGUUGAGACCCACUCGGCUUCAGCAGCAGAGCACGAGAAGCAGAGGCUCAAGCAAGAGCGAUUGGCAGCGUGGAAAGCCAAGAAGGCGGCCGAGCAAGGUGGCGCCUCACCCGCCUCUACGACCACCGCAUCUGGUUCGGCUUUGGGCUCGACGUCCAUUUCGAUCAAUCGUGCGGCAGCAAAGAAUGGUCAGUCCAUCUACCUUCGUCGCGAGCCUUUGAAUCGCAUACUCAGACCGAGUCAUUUUGUCCGCAGGCCUCCCCGCCAAGCCCGCCGCUGCCCCCGUGGCCGACCCAGCUCAACUCGCUCUCGCCGCAGCAGCCGCCAUCUCGUCCCGUCUCAACGUCGCUCCACCCUCCCUCAAGAACCCCAUCUCAGCCUCCUUACCCGCCCGACCCGCCUUUGCCUUCAACAACAACGCCUCCUCGUCCUCCUUCCGUCCCAGCGGAUUGAAGAACUCGCUCAAACUAGGCGAAGACGACGAUGGGGAGAAGAAGAUUGGCUUGAUCAAGUUCGAAGGCGAGGUCGAUCUUUCGCUUCAGGAUGGUGGGGAGGAGGACUUGGAUGAUGAUGAGGACUUGGAAGGGAGUGUUGUGUUCAAGGGAAAGGUCGAGGAGGCGAUGAGGAGGAGGGCCAAAGAGUUGGAACUGGAGGAGAAGAAUGGUGAUGGCAUGGAUGUGGACGGGGAAGCUGGGGAGGGGGAGUCCAAAAACGCCCAGGAGGAGGAGGACAAGAUGGAUCAGGCUGGAGAGCCAAAGCUCGAAGCCGAGGAAGAAGAGGAAGUUGAUGAACUGGACGCGUUCAUGAACAGUGUCCAGGCCGAGGUCAAGAGCGUCGACAAACUUGAUCGGGCCAAGUUGAAGGGCGCGAGUGGGCCAAGAGGGAGUGGACCGGGGGAGAAUGAGGAUGAGGACGACGAUGAUAAUGAGCAGGUCGUCGAGGAUGAUGAGGCGGAAAAGGUUGGCAUGUCCGCGGCGGACAUCCUUGCGUGAGUUUUUCGUGUUCUCGGGGUCACAUUGGUUGAUAGAAUCUGUACUGAUGAUCGAUCUUUGACACAGUCUGGCUGCCAAAAAAGUUAAAAAGGGCCGUGAACUCGCCCCCGUCGACCACGCCAAGGUCAACUACGAACCCUUCACCAAAGUCUUUUAUCACGAGCCUCCCGAAGUCGCCUCCCUCACCCCAGAGGAAGUCGAUGAACUCCGCCUCGAGCUCGACGACAUCAAGAUUCGAGGUGCCGACCCUCCCAAACCCGUCUCCAAGUGGAGUUACUGCGGUCUUCCCGCGGCGUGCAUCGACGUCAUCAAGGGACUCGAGUACACGGCCCCGACGUCGAUUCAGGCGCAGGCGAUCCCGGCCAUCAUGUCGGGUCGAGAUAUCAUCGGUGUCGCCAAGACGGGCUCGGGCAAGACGAUCGCUUUCCUCCUGCCCAUGUUUCGCCACAUCAAGGAUCAACGACCUCUCCGAACGAUGGAAGGCCCCAUCGCGAUGAUCAUGACCCCGACGCGAGAGCUGGCGACGCAAAUCCACAAGGAAUGCAAACCCUUCCUCAAGGCCCUAGGACUGCGGGCAUCGUGCGCUUACGGUGGUACACCGCUCAAGGACAACAUCGCGGACAUGAAGCGAGGUUCCGAGUUGAUCGUCUGCACCCCGGGACGCAUGAUCGAACUCUUGACGACCAAUUCGGGCAAGCUGAUCAACCUGCACCGCGUGACGUACCUCGUUUUGGAUGAAGCUGAUCGCAUGUUCGAUAUGGGGUUCGAACCGCAAGUGAUGAAGAUCAUCUCGCAAAUCCGACCCGAUCGACAAACGGUCUUGUUCUCCGCCACAUUCCCGAGGCAGAUGGAAGCUCUGGCACGCAAGAUCCUCAAACGCCCUUUAGAAAUCACCGUGGGUGGUCGCUCCGUCGUCGCGGCCGAGAUUGAACAAAUCGUCGAAGUGCGAGAGGAAGACACCAAGUUUAACCGCAUGCUCGAAUUACUCGGCAACCUCUUCAACGAUGAUAGCGAUUCCCGUGCCUUGAUCUUCGUCGAACGCCAAGAGAGUGCGGACAAGUUGUUGACCGAGUUGUUGCGCAAGAAUUACUCGUGCAUGAGUUUGCACGGCGGGAUGGACCAGGUCGAUCGUGAUCAGACGAUCGCGGAUUUCAAAUCGGGUAUCGUACCCGUCGUCAUUGCGACUUCUGUUGCUGCGAGAGGGUUGGACGUCAAACAACUACGCAUGGUCAUUCAGUACGAUGCGCCGAACCAUAUGGAGGAUUACGUGCAUCGCGCUGGUCGGACGGGUCGAGCGGGGAAUAAAGGAACGAGCGUGACAUUCCUCACGCCCGAACAAGAUCGAUACGCGCUCGACAUCUUCAAGGCUUUACAAGCUUCGAACGCUCCUAUUUCGGACGAGGUCAAGGCUUUGGCCGAACAAUUCGCCGACAAGGUCAAGGCGGGUAAAGCAUCGGCUGGAUCAGGGUUCGGUGGAAAAGGACUUGAGCGACUCGAAUCCGAACGCGAUGAACAAAUGAGGGCUCAACGUGCUGCACAUGGUGAACCGGGAACCGAGAAGGAGAAGGAGACGAUCGAUCCUGAGACGGGCGUCGCGACCACUUCGUCGACGUCGGGAACCACGAAUGCCGCUGGGGACGAACUCAAGUCGACGGCGCAAAACGUAGCUGAUCUGGAGGUUGAGAUCCAUCGUGGUCCGGCACCGGACACGAACAAGAUGACGGGGGCCAGGCCUGUCGAAAAGAAAGAAGCCGUUGUCGAGUUGGAACCGACCGAAAUUGCCGCUGAAGCAGCAAAAGUCGCCGAGGCAGCUGCUAGGGCGGCGGGCAAGACCGAAGCGGAGGCUAAGGCGGCGGGUGUGGCGGCAAACUUCAAUGCGUUGUUGAAGGCGAGGAAGACGCAUAGGCGGGAGAGGGAACCGCAGGAAGCGGAUCUGUCAACCGAUGCAGCGAGGAGAAGGGAUCCGGACGCAACGGAUUAUCACGUGAGUUUUGAGGUCGGAUUCGGUGGUGGUGAAGAAAGAAGAGCGGUGGAACUGACCUUGCUUCGCUUCUCAGGCUAUCAUCUACAUCAACGACUACCCUCAAAAGGCACGAUGGAAGGUUACGAACAAGGAGACCAUGGUCCAUGUGAGUGUGAAGGCCCACGAGCCACUCCACCUCGACAAACAAACCAUUCGCUUACAUGAGCGCCAUUUUUGUUUCACUUGAACAGCUCGUCGAAUCUACCGGAGCGUCCAUUACGAACAAAGGAACCUACUACGAGCCCGGCAAAGAACCUGGACCCGGCGAUUUGCCCAAGUUGCAUUUCCUCAUCGAGUCGAACGACGAACACAGAGUGAGUGCCAAGCCACCUGUCGUCACUAGAACAAAUUUCAUGCUGACGAUUUUGAUGCCCUUUCCGCUAUUCAAGGUCAAGGCAGCUAUCACGGAAAUCAAACGAGCCCUCAUCGAAGGCGCGACCUUGGCACUCGAGGCCGAACAACGUCUUCCCGCGGGGACCAACGCCCCUGGGCGAUACAACGUGGUAUGA